AUGCCGCCCAAGAGCUUCCCUUAUCGCCGGAGCUCAAAUGCCUCGGAAGAAGAUUUCUUCGAUAUCCCUGAUGAGCCAUGUCUCUCAAUAGUCAAGCGACAGCUACGUCGCAUCCGAACAUGGAUCACAAUCGCCAUUCUGGUCUUGUUUAUCAUGUGGCAGCGCCGUGAACGACCUCCGCCGCCACCUUUACCGCAUAUCCAUUACGACGAGGUGGAUUGGACGCGCUUUGCCUAUACCCAGUAUGCUACCUCCGAGGUCUACAUGUGCAAUUGCUUGAUGGUGUUCGAGGCAUUGCAUCGGCUCGGGAGUAAGGCGGAUCGCGUGCUGUUCUAUCCGGAGGAGUGGGAUCUCAUUGUUGAGGAUGAUACCGAUCGGGUGAGCCAGCUGUUGCUGGAGGCGAAGUACAAGUACAAUGUAGUGCUUAUCCCUCUCAAGAUUGAUGGAAUCAAGAAUCCAUCGUCUGGUGCUGGUUCUGAGUCCUCGUGGGAUACCAGCAACACCAAGCUCAUGGCCUUUGGCGAAUCCCAAUACGACCGAGUCAUCCACCUCGACUCCGACGUGAUCCUCCUCCAAACCAUGGACGAGCUAUUCUUCCUCCCUCCCACCACAGUCGCAAUGCCACGCGCCUACUGGCUCCUCCCGGAAAAGAAAAUCCUAUCAUCCCUACUAGUCGUCAUCCAGCCUUCCUACCGCGAAUACCUUGUGGUAGCCGGAGCCUCCGAGCCCGCCAAGAACGGUCAGGUCGAGAUGAACCUGACCGAUCACCGGUAUGACAUGGAGCUAUUGAAUGACAUGUACGGGGAUUCGGCGAUGGUCCUCCCACAUCGGCAGUAUGGUCUGCUAUCGGGCGAGUUCCGGACAAAGGAUCAUAGUAGAUUCUUGGGGAAUGACCACGAGGUGUGGGAUCCGGACCGCGCGUUGGCUGAGGCCAAGUUCAUUCACUUUUCGGAUUGGCCUAUUCCAAAACCUUGGGUUAUGUGGCCGCAAGAUAUGUUGGCGAAGGAGCAGCCCAAGUGUAAUGAGAACCCUGGGACGCCGCAGGAGAGUGGGUGUCGAGAUCGCGAGAUCUGGAAGAUGAUCUAUGAUAAGUAUCGGAGGAAUCGAAAGGAGGUCUGUAAGUUGCUCAGCUACCCAGCGCCGGUUUGA